AGACUUUAACUCCGGUUUGGUAACAGUUUGGAAGAAGAAGACGGAACCUGUGAGAUCAUCAUCAUCAUCACUCGUCUGUUUCUCCAAAUCUCCUUCAUAUGAUGUCGGACGGAGGAGCACCGUCGAGGUAUGUGAAGUUGACAAAGGAGCAAGCUCCCGUCGAUGAGAUUAAUCCCGGCGAACUCAAUCAGCCCAUUGAGGUUUCUCAUCUAGCUGUUCACAAAUGUAACGAGUGUGGCCAACCUUUGCCUGAGAAUUUUGAAGCUCCUGCUGAUGAGCCAUGGACUACCGGAAUCUUCGGUUGUACUGAGGACAUGCCUAGUUUUUGGCAGGGACUUUUUUGCCCAAGUGUUCUAUUUGGGCGUGUCUAUGAGACUCUGAGUGACGAGGAAACCUCUUGUACCAAAGCAUGUAUUUGUCAUUCCAUUGUCGUAGAAGGCGGUCUUACUGCUGCAUCCAUAGUUGCUUGUGUUCCUGGUAUAGAUCCGCAUACGUCGUUUCUUAUAUGUGAAGGAUUGUUGUUUGUAUGGUGGAUGUGUGGUAUCUACACCGGAAAUGUCCGCCAAAAUCUACAGAGGAAAUACCAUCUCAAGAACUCUCCAUGUGAUCCAUGUAUGGUGCAUUGUUGCCUGCACUUUUGCGCGGUUUGCCAAGAGCACCGCGAGAUGAAGAACCGUCUUUCGGACAACUUUGUGAUGCCCAUGACUGUUAUUAACCCGCCACCGGUUCAAGAGAUGAGUGCCUCUGACCACAGCUCUGUCCCCGUCUCACACCAUAGCUCUGAUCUUGAGAUGAGGCCAUUGUAGUAAGUCCUCAACCAGAUUCAAAGGUUUUUGUUUUGUGUCAGACCUCAUCCCUGAACCAAUUUUUAUAUCUAAAAUACUAAAACCGAUUUGGUUUGUUUCAAAAGAGAGAUACAUUCUAUUUA